AUGUCCUUUCCCUUUAAACCUUCAACUAGCAAAUCUGGUCGACUCACGCGCCAGGCCAAUGUUAUCAGUGGAGGAUCACACUCGCAUGAUACCCCAUCAACGUCAGAUUCAUUCCUUCAUUCAUUGAAUCCGCGCAGCACUCUCUUAUUGCGUGCUGAGUUGCCCAAACCUAUGUCGCGGUUGCCAGAAAUUCGCCUUGAUGAUGGGUCUAGCGGGGGUGGAAGCAAAGUGCAGGUAGCACAAGUGAAACCGCAAAAGUCUUGCGAGUCAUACGAUUCAGCAGCAAGUGGGAUGAGUUGGAGCAGUUCUCAGAGCACAGUCGCAGUUGGAGUAGGGUGUUGCAAUUCAACAUCAGUUUCCGGCAAUCCUUCCUUCGCCAGCUACGAGGAAGACGAUGAGCCUUUGCAAAGUCACCCGCAUCAUCCAAUGGUUCGAAUCCCUUCCACGCCUGGUGCACUGCAUAGGGCACAGUACUCUCCGCGAUACGACAGCACGCAACACGGAUUGGGGCAACACUUUAAAAAGGAUUAUAGCUUCGAAGAAGCACGUACUACUUCUGAGAAGGCACAUGAAGAGACCAGAGAAAACAGAGCUUCUGAGGAAAGGAACGAGACCAUAGAAUCUCCUAGCGGAAAAGCAGAUGAUUACUUUGACUCUGUGUUUGAUGAACAAGAAAAAGAGCCCGACGAUGGAGGUGAAUCAUCCAUAGCACCGCGGGGCAGUGCAAAGAAGAAGUCGUUCAAGCGGUUUUGGAAACUAGCCUACAAAGCCAUCAGGAACGAGGCGAAAAACAAAGAUGGAAAUUCUAAAUAUGGACUAGGAAAGAAGAAAAGUGGGAGCGAAGAACCGGAAGGUGAGAUUGAUCCAGUCUACCAACUUCUGAAGUCUGCCGCAACUCAACGACACCUCUCAACAAAGUAUUCCGCCUCAUUUGACCACUGCGAGCAAACAGGAGAGCAGCCGCGACUGAGCUCAAGUGGGUUCGCUUUAAUUUUGGCAAAAUCAGAUAGCGAUUAG